UAAGUGUGUAACUAGAGGUGGCUCACAGUUAGUUAGCAGUUUCGAUGUUCAGCAACCAAUUUGUUAUCGAAUGGCCAACAACCACCAUCAGCAGCAGCAGCAAAAGCGGAGAACAUAGAAAAAAAGAAGCGCAAAACAAUUUCGCACAAAUAUAUUUUUUACAUCAUUAAAAGUAAUGUAAGUCGUCAGCAAAUAGCAAAUGCGACUUGUAGAUUGAAUCAAACGAUAAGCGAUAAUAUAUAGUGCGGCGUUUCAAGCCGGAAAAAAACAAGAACCAGCUGCAAAUGCAUUUCUUUGUCUGAAAUUUGCUCGAAUAAUCUACGAAACGAGUGCCUGAAACGAAUAAAAGAAAAAAUUGCGAAAAAUGUCAACAACUCCAAAUUCGAAUAGUAGUGGUAGCAAUAGCAAUAGCAAUACCAACAACAACAGCAACAACACUGGCCAAAAGCAAAAGCAGCAACAACAACAGGACACAUACAGCGACAGCAGCAGCAUCGAGGAGAAUCUUGAGGCUGCCGAAGAGCGCAGAAGGCGUAUAUUGAAAAAUCGUAGUCGCAGCAGCAACUACAUGCAACGCCAGCAGCAGCAACAGCAACAACAGCAGCAGCAACAACAACAGGUCAACAUGUCGAGCGGUGCCAUUUCCAAGCAUCAUCAUGACAAAUCUCUGACACCAACCACAAGCAGCGCAGCAGCAGCAUCCGGCGCAGCUGGAGGAGCAACUGCAGCAGCUGCAGCUGGAGGAGGAGCAUCUGUACGAUUUGGUCCACCGGACCGCAUCUCAAUGCUGGUGGAUGGUGUCCGUUUCACGGUGGAGCAAACAUUGCUCACUGCCCAUCCAAAUACAAUGUUGGGCACCAUGUUUGGCACCGGCUUCCAAUUUGUGCAUCCCAACGAGCGUGGUGAAUACGAAUUGGCCGAUGGCAUCUCACAUUUGGUAUUCCGCUCGAUACUCGAAUACUAUAAGAGCGGCGUGAUCCGUUGUCCGCCGACCGUUUCGGUGCCGGAGCUGAAGGAGGCCUGCGAUUAUCUGUUGAUACCGUUUGAUGCGACAACUGUGCGCUGCCAGAACUUAAGAGGCCUGCUCCAUGAGCUGAGCAACGAGGGCGCUCGCCAACAGUUCGAGGUCUUUCUCGAGGAUCUCAUCUUGCCACUGAUGGUAGCGUCCGCUCAACGUGGCGAUCGCGAAUGCCAUGUUGUUGUCCUGCUCGACGACGACAUGGUCGACUGGGACGAGGAGUUCCCCCCGCAAAUGGGCGAGGAAUAUUGUCAGACUGUUCAUUCGACGGCCAUGCAUCGUUUCUUCAAGUACAUUGAGAAUCGCGAUGUGGCCAAGCAGGUGAUGAAGGAUCGUGGCCUGAAGAAGAUACGCUGCGGCAUCGAGGGUUAUCCCACGCACAAGGAGAAGAUACGUCGACGUCCGGGCGGACGGGCCGAGGUCAUUUACAGCUAUGUGCAGCGUCCGUUCAUACACAUGUCCUGGGAGAAGGAGGAGGCCAAGAGUCGCCACGUCGACUUCCAGUGCGUCAAGUCCAAGUCUGUCACAAAUCUCGCCGAAGCGAACGCUGAUCCCCCUCUCGAAUUGGAUGCAAGUGGCAAUCCCAUACCGCCACCAGCUGUCGUGAUCAACGCUCAAGCAAACAAUGCUGAUCUUGUUGGAGUUGCACCUGUCAUUGGUAUUGUUGGCGUUAACGUGGUUAAUAUUGAUGCCGCUGCUGCAGUGGUCGCCGUUGAUGAAGCCGCCGGCGGCAUUGUCAUGUUGAAUGAGGUGGACCAACAACCGGGUGCAGCGAUCGCUGCCCCCGGCAUCAUUGAUGAGCAUGUCUAGGCGAGGAGUGGCCCCAAGGGCAAUUAACACACUGCCAUCUUAGCUGCGCGCACCACAAAAGAGAAGAAAAACCAACAACAACAAUGCUUUCUACGUUUUCAAUCCAAAUUUUGUAUACACCACUAUCCAAAAUAAAAAUGAAAACACAAACAACUCUGGAUUUGUCAAA